AUGAUGAGCUACUGGGAGGUUCCAGCACAUAGCGGAGGGGAACAAGUUUCAAGCAAAAAACAUCCAAAAGACCAAGGGAUAUUGGAGCGUAGCCUGUUAGGAGAGGAAUCGCCUUUUGAACCAGCAUGCAUACCCAUUCUCUUUCCGUCAUCAUACCUAGCCACGGAAGAAGGAAGAAAUGAAAAGAAGGAGAUGGUUGUAAAUAGAGGUAGCUGCGGGAAAGAGCAUUCAGCUCCCAAAAAUCCUUGA